AGAUAUACUUGCACUGCAACAAAGGCAAAGACGAAGUGUCCAUGCUAGUGGCGGCCAAAACUGCCGGGGCCACCCCGUUAGUUAUAGCCUGCCGGAAUGGACACUACGAUGUUGCCGAAUAUCUCAUAGAAAAAUGCCACGCCGAUUUGGAACUACCCGGAUCUGUGAUGUUCGACGGAGAGACGAUAGAGGGCGCGCCGCCGCUGUGGUGCGCCGCCGCCGCCGGCCACUUGGACAUCGUCAAGCUGCUCGUCGCGCACGGCGCCAAAGUGAACACGACCACGCGCACCAAUUCCACUCCGUUGAGGGCGGCCUGCUUCGAUGGCCACCUCGACAUCGUCAAGUACCUGGUGCAGCACGGGGCGGACAUCGAAGUGGCCAAUCGGCACGGCCACACUUGCUUGAUGAUCGCUUGUUACAAGGGCCACAUACGCAUAGCGAGGUAUCUUCUCGGUUUGACGGCGAGCGUCAACAGGAAGAGCGUCAAGGGGAAUACGGCGUUGCACGAUUGCGCCGAAUCCGGUAGUUUGGAGAUCUUGAAGUUGUUGAUCGAGCAUGGUGCUACGAUGGAUGUAGAUUCCUAUGGAAUGACUCCAUUACUAGCAGCGGCAGUGACAGGACAUAACCAUAUAGUAGAAUAUUUAAUUAAGAUUCCACAUCUCGUAUCGAGAAGGGAACGAAUCGAUGCUUUAGAAUUAUUAGGUGCGACUUGUGUAGAUAAAAAACGUGAUAUGAUCGGUGCUUUAGAUUUAUGGAAACGAGCUAUGCAGGAUAGAUACCACGGCGACGGCCCCCCCAUCCCGAAACAGCGCACGCGCAAAGUGCCCGCCUACGACUACGCCGUGGAGAUCGCCGAGCCCGACCGCCUCGACGAUCUGCUCGCCGACCCCGACGAGAUGCGCAUGCAGGCGUUGGUGAUGCGCGAGCGCAUACUCGGCCCCGCCCACCCCGACACCAGCUACUACGUGCGGUACAGGGGGGCGGUGUACGCGGACGCGGGCAAGUUCAACAGGUGUAUCGAGCUCUGGAACUACGCCUUGGACAUGCAACAGUGCAUGUUGGGCAGACUGAACCCGAUGACGCAGAGCAGCCUGUUCAGCUUCACGGAGCUGUUCUCCUUCAUGAUGGGCGAGGAGGGUAAACAGACGUCGCGGGGAAGGGUGGUGCCCUCUGUGGAGGUGACAGACAUCCUGACUGUGUUCAAUAAGGCCGUCGAAGAGGUGGAGCAAGGUAGCUUGACGUUGGAACGUUUGUCGAACGUCGAACGCGACAUGAACUACCUCACCCGCGUCAUGGUGAUCACGCUGCACCUUGCCUGCCUCCUCACCAGACUAUUGGAUCACCACACCAGCACCGAGGAGAUCACGAAAGAGAUACACGGCGCCAUCUACAAGUUGGUGAAGCUGAAGAUCAGGGCGAAGUCGGGCAGGACGAUGCUGCAUUUGGCGUGCUGCAAGGACGUCGCCAUUUUGGGGCGGUAUCCUGCCUGUCAGUUUCCUUCUCCACAUCUGGCAGAGGUGCUGCUACGAGUGGGCGCCGACCCGAACCUGCCCGACGACGACGGCAACACCGCGCUGCACCUGGCGGCGCACGCACGCCCCUGCCCCGCCGCCGUUGCGCAGGCGCUGCUCGACGGCGGCGCGCACCUCGACCUCGUCAACGCCGACGGCGCCACCUUCGCCGACCUGCUCAAGGGCCAGAAGGCGCACGAGCUGGUCAACUCUGCGAAGUACACGGGGCUGAGCUGUGCGGCUGCGCGGGUGAUACGCCAGUUCAAGAUACCGUACAAGGGCGUCGUGCCCAAGAAGUUGGAGUCGUUCAUUGCGUGCCACUGAUUCUUUUUCCCUUCACCCUCGUUUGCCUGUUGCUGAGAAACCGUCGAUGUGUCUUUGGGGCAUGGUCUAAUGGUGAAUGCUAA